AUGGCGGCUGAAGUAUUCGACACCAAUUGGAUGUGGCAUCCUUCUUUCACCGAGAGCCGCGCCGAGACAGCAGGCCUUUUUGUGCACUUCCGACGAGAUUUUGUACUGGAAAAGAUCCCUCCGGGGAGGUGUUGUCAAAUUCGAAUCACUGCAGAUACGCGAUACAAGCUAUAUGUUAACAAGGAGUUUGUGAGUUCUGGACCAGUAAAGGGAGAUCAGAGCCUAUGGUUCUACGAUGAAGUCGACAUAAGCCCGAGCCUACGCCUUGGGAAGAACCGAAUCGGCAUCUAUGUUCUGCGCUUCUUUUAUGCCACGAGAUUUGCGACCAGUUUCCCCCGUCUAUCCACAGGCGGGGUCUACAUAGCCCAUGUCGAUUCCCAGGUCCCCCAGAGCUUUGACAUAGGGAGUGGCUCAUUGUGGCAGACGGCGAUCGAUCAAUCGACCAUACUCUGCAUCGACCAAGCCGAAGACGACUUCUUGCACAUAUACGAAAGGAUUGACAGAAAUACCGACGUGCAAUUAGACUGGGUCCCAGCAGUCCUACUGCCUUUCCAGAAUUCUACUGGAGUCUCUCCGCCAUGGAAACUCUCCCCGCGGCUAAUCCCACGCCUACAACGCGAAAUUGCGCAAUUUAGCAUGAUUCAUAAUAUACAGAGCUGCGUACAACGUACUGCAUGGGAAAGAAGUCUCAUUACGACACCGUGGCAAGAAGUGCAUCUUCCACCUGGAACCAGGCAUGAGCUGGAGCUCGAAGUCCCCUACCACAUGACAGCGUUUCUCCGCUUCUGCUUUCAACGGCCGCAAGUGGGAGGAAGCACCGUGGUGAUCACGUACGCUGAGAGCUAUGAAGACCCGCCUACGUUGGUCCCAUAUCUGAGACGAAAGGGUCAACGUUGCAAUGUUAGUAAGUCCCUGUUCGGGCCUCAAGAUACAUACGUCUUUGGAGGCAGCAGCCGUUGUUUAGGCCUCUGUUACGAGAAUGACGAGGACGUCGACGAAACAUUCACACCGUUUCAUUUCCGCACGUUCCGUUUCAUCAGGAUCUCGAUAGAAGUUAGCAGCGCCUCUGAACUAGUUUUCAAAGGCAUUGAUGUACAAAGAGCCAAGUAUCCCCUCGACGUUCUCGCCACCCUCAAGGUUAAUCCGAAUGAAAGUGUCACAGCAAUGAGACUCUGGGAUAUCAGUAUUCGGACGCUCGAAAAUUGCAUGCAUGAUUGCUACGAGGACUGUCCUAUGUAUGAACAGCUGCAGUAUGCCAUGGAUACCCGAAGCUCUGCCCUGUUCACUUAUUACAUCUCGGGAGAUGAUCGACUUGCGAAACAGGCCAUCAUACAGCUCCAUAACUCCUUCCAGCCUCGUCUAGGCUUGACAUCAAGCCGUGCACCGACACACCAGCCUCAAAUCAUCCCUCAUUUCUCCCUAUAUUGGAUCUGCAUGCUGGCUGACCACUGGACAUUCUUUGGCGACCCGGGAUUUCUCCGCCCCUUUAUUCCAGUUGCUGAUGCUAUUUUGGCAUACUUCGACUCACGAAUCGACUCCGAUACUGGGUUGGUCAAGGUAGCAGAUGAGAUCGGGAUCUGGCAUUUUCAUGAUUGGGCAGAGGCAUGGCGUCCAUAUGGCAUUCCACCGGCUGUCACUCAGACAGGAAUCUCCACGUACUCCAACAAUCUGUAUGCUUACACCCUUCAGCAAGCAUCCAUCUUGCAGUCGACAUGCGCUGAAAGAGACACGAUUGCACAGGAAUACAUCCUUCGGUCCCAGCGGGUGGUUGAAGCGGUGCAGAAAUUCUGUUUUGACGGAGAAUUUUUUAGUGACACGGUCGUAACAGCGAGUUCCGAUAAAUGCCAUCAUCGAAGUCAACACAAUCAAGUGUGGGCAGUACUUAGCGGCGCAUCAAGCGGAAAGCAAGGGGAGGAUCUCCUCCGCCGGACUCUGAGCCCUGUGACCGGCCAAUUACUUACUCCUGCCUCUAUUUCCAUGUCUUUCUAUACGCUACGGGCGUUGAGCAUGGUCGGGGGUGAUUUGUACGAGGAGUCUUUCCACCGAUUUUGGGGACCAUGGAAUACGCAGAUAGCUUUAGGCUUGACCACGUGGGAAGAAGAUAGUGUAUCGCAGCGCUCCGACUGUCAUGCAUGGGGAAGCGCACCGAUUCAUGAAUACAUGGCCGAAGUCAUUGGUCUAAGACCAGCCAAGCCUGGCUGGACAUGCCUGGAGUUUCAGCCGAGACUGAGUCUCUAUCGAGAGAUUGAAGCAACCGUCCCGUUCCGCUACAAUGGUAGUACGGCUCUGGCGAAAGUGUCAUGGAAGACUUCUCCGUCAAAUGAAAUUGUAGUUUCUAUGAAAGCGUUGGGCAUACCUACAGCCAUUCCGGUUUCUGUCAAACUCCCAUGCAAGCCAGAAAUAUUCAUACAGAGCGCGGACGAAAUCAAAUUCCGCUUAAGCAAAAGUCAAGUCAAAUCAAAGGGUUCAGAAGUGCACUUAAUAGUUAGAAUAUCAGGUAACAUCAUAGAAGAUAUGCAAUCUGGGGAAUAA